AUGCCCAUACCUAAACGUACUGUUUUAACAACUCCACAGGGCCAUACCAUGAUGCAUGAAGCUGUUUGGCUGGUGAUGGUCGAGGGAGCAGUGGGCGAUCAAGAGGCUUCUUGUCGUCUAAAGUUACGGGUGGAAAGGCGGCCUUUUCUGGCGCCAGAAGCUGUCAUUUUCGGCGUCAUUUUCACAGGUCCUUAUUCUGUACCUGUGAAUUGCCUGUUCGAGUUAGGUCCGUGUCACUCAAACCCCAACCACCAUAUUCUUUGGAAGUCAUGGUAA